AUGGAGCAGACGUGUGACGAGAUAGAAGAAAUGUUUGCCAAUUUGCUGGGGGAGAUGGACCUCCUAACCCAGAGUUUAGGGAUUGAAACCAUUCCACCACCAGCCCACAACCAGACAACAGAGAUGAACUUCUCCUUUGGUUUUAAAGAUUUGAAUGAAUCACUAAAUGCCCUUGAAGACAAUGACUUUGAUGCGUUGAUGGCCGAUCUGGUGGCUGAUAUAGGUGAAGCUGAAGAAAAAGUCACUUUUAAGACCCAGGAGAGCUCAUCAGAUGCCACCUGCUUCUUAGAUCAUCAGCCAUAUUUUCCUGCCAAUGUGCCUGUUGGAUCCACAGAAGACAAUUUACCUCCCCCGCCAUCCCUUUUUCCACCUCCACCACCUCCUCCAGAAUUUGAGGUGGGCCUACCGCCUCCCCCACCUGAUCCUACAGAGCCAACAAAGCAGGAAAUUCAAGAGUCAAAAGAAAAAGCUGAUAAAAUUAAACUUGCUUUGGGCAAGAUGAAGGAAGCCAAAGUUAAAAAGCUUAUUAUUAAGGUCCACAUGAAUGACAACAGCACUAAGACAUUGAUGGUGGACGAACGGCAGACAGUGAGAGAUAUCUUGGACAAUCUCUUUGAGAAGACUCAUUGCGACUGCACCGUCGAGUGGUGUUUGUAUGAAAUUAUCUCGGAACUCCAAAUGGAAAGAUUCUUCGAAGACCAUGAAAAUAUUGUGGACAUUUUGUCGGAUUGGACGAGAGACACUGAAAACAAGAUUCACUUUCUGCAAAAAAAUGAAAAGUACGCAGUUUUUAAAAACCCGCAGAAUUUCUUUCUAGCACGGAAAGGAAGCAGUGACAUGAAAGAUAUGAAUGAAAAAAGUAAGCUAUCUCUACUGGAGCAAAGUUUCUGUGGAUCAUCUGUCAUUGUACCAGAGCUUGAAGGAGCUCUUUAUUUAAAGGAAGACGGCAAGAAAUCUUGGAAAAAACGAUACUUUCUCCUGCGAGCUUCUGGGAUUUAUUACGUACCCAAAGGAAAAACCAAGACAUCUCGUGAUUUGGCGUGCUUCAUCCAGUUUGCAAACGUGAAUAUUUAUUAUGGUAUUCAGUAUAAAGCGAAGUAUAAGGCUCCCACUGAUCACUGCUUUGUCCUGAAGCAUCCGCAAAUUCAGAAGGAAUCCCAGUAUAUUAAAUAUUUAUGCUGCGAUGACCCAUGGAUACUGCACCAGUGGGUUACUGGUAUUAGAAUAGCCAAGUAUGGAAAGGUUUUGUAUGACAACUAUAAAACCGCUGUGCAGAGGGCAGGUCUAGCAUCCCAUUGGUCAGCUCUGUGCAGUUCAUCUGCUCCAAACACAACAGCAGAUUCUUCCCAAGGAAGUAGUCAGACCUGCCAGACUGCAACCACUGUCAGUUCCAGUUUCUCUGAUGCCUGGAAACGAGCUGAGUCUGCCCAGGAUAACAGGCCAACUGAGACAAAAAGGAGUGAACCCAAAAUAUCACCUCCUAAACCCAAACAGCCUCCACCCCCACCUAUAAGAGGGCAACCCAAUACUCAUAUAGCAACAACACCUCCUCUUCCCAUUAAAAUGAACUCUACCAUACCACCACCACCACAGUUUCAAGCACCAGAACCUCUUAAAAUGGAAGAGGAUUUUCUACCUCCUCCACCUCCGGAAUUCCUUGACUCCCCUCCUGACUUCUUACCUCCGCCUCCCCCAGCCUUUUCUGGCCAAGCUGAGUUUCCUCCUCCUCCGCAGUUUUCAGAGCCCCCGAGUACCAAUUUUGUUAUUCUACCUCCUCCUCCACCUACUCCUACAACCAUCAAACCCCAGCUUCCAGCGAAAAAGCAGCCCCCCAAUCCUCCAAAACGACAAACCAACCCAGGAAUUCCAGCGGCUGCCUCGCACCAGAAUGGGGCUGCGGAUGGGGAGGGAGAUUUCAUGUCCGAUUUGAUGAAAGCGUUGCAGAAGAAGAAAGGAAAUGUAUCCUAGGUUCUUUAAGUGCCAUGAAUCAGGAACAAACCUGGGUGCAUCAAAUAGUGUAACCUUUUAAAGCCUUUUGGCACAUAAAAGGUUUAAAUGAUUAUUGUCUCUUCCUAAUGUUGUGCAUGAACACAGCACUCUGCUAUGUGGUCUUCAACCGCAAAAUAGAGGCUCUGGUGGUCAGUACUGCAGACUGGUGAAGAUUCUGUCGCUCAUUUGCAUUAAAUAUAUAGUGCAGUACCAGUAUACCACUGCAGUCAUGUCAUAUUUUCUUUUUGAUACAGGCAUCUAACACAACGUGUGCACUUAGUACAUUCCAUUUUACGUUUUUAAAUCAUAUAUAUAUAUUACUUAUUAACUUACCGUCACUAUUUAGAUUAGCCGGUUAAAUUUUUUUUUUUAAAUCAUUCAUUCAUUCAUUCAUUCAUUCACAAACAGAAGGAUUUGUAAAGAUACCAGCCUGCAUGCCAGGUGCAAAGCCUACUAUUGCCUUUAAUGGUAGGUAUGAACAGAAUUACCAGUUUUUAUGAAUAGUUCUGUUGUUGAUGUAAUAUUGCGGACACAGGGAGCUUGUUAGAACUCGCUGUCUGUACACUCAGUAGGACUGCAAUGAAAUAUUCACAGAGAUCUCGGGAAACGGGACCAUGACUUUGGUGGACUUCAAAGCAGAUAACAGAAAUCUGAAAAAUUUGGAAACUGAAAAUACAAUAAUGAUAACACAAGUGACUGAACAUUUUUAAUGCUGAAUUCUUUUAUGGUUUGAUCUCAAAUCUGACUGGUCCCUCUGACUGUAAUAUUGCAGGGGAAGGAUGAAUGAAAAAAUGGUGCCAGCAAUACCUAUGGCUGCCACCUGCUACACAUUAAACAGAUCAACUCGGACAGCUGUGGGUUGGCAAUGUAAUUGAUUAGAAUAAUUACGGAGGGCUUUCUAUUGGGAUGAGUGACACGAAACAGGUCUGCCCAAGGGCAUUCUGGGAAUUAAGUCACCGGUUAUAUUUUGCAUACUUAGUUACGGAAUGAGUUGACAGAAUUUAUUAAUAAAAUCUUUUCUUGAACAACACAAACACAUGUAAAUAUAUACAUUACAUCCACUUACAACAUAACAGAAUCAUAUACUGGUAACAUGCCAAGAGAAGCUAGGGCACAUGCACAUGUCUUGUUCUUUGAAAAAUAUAUAAACCUGCAGACACACGUUAUACACUAGAGAAUGAACAGCAAAAUACCAUUUUAUUUUGCUAUAUAAGUACAUUUGACAUAUUACAGAAAACGAUACGUUUUACGAUUUUAAUGAAAUUAUUUACAUUACAAACUUUAUUCUUGUAUUUACUUUCUUCAAAUGUCUCAAGCACCAGAGAAUGACUUGUGUGAAAUGCAUUGGAUUAGGUUUUUUUGUUAUUAUUAUUAUUAAAAUUUAAUGUGUGCAGAUUGAAAUUGUAAUAAAUGGGAAAAAAACACUUUAUUGUGAACAAAAUGUCCAAAAAUAGUACAAAAACUGUACAUAGAUAAAAAAAAAGUCGAAAA